UCCAACGUUUGAAUACACCACACAUUGAACAUAGUCCUCCCAAAAUAUACAUUGUCUCAAAAAACCACAAAUAUAAAGAUGAAUUGCCAGAGAACUAUUGCUCUGUCCCUCUCUCUUUUACUUGUGGGAUUGGUCGGGCCAAUCCAAGCUCAGUUACAGAUGAACUUCUAUGCCAACACUUGUCCAAACGCCGAAAAGAUUGUUCAAGAUUUUGUUUCAAACCACAUUUCUAAUGCUCCUUCUCUUGCCGCUGCUCUCUUACGGAUGCAUUUCCACGAUUGUUUUGUUCGGGGCUGUGAUGGAUCAGUGCUUAUAAACUCAACGUCAGGAAAUGCGGAGAGAGACGCAACGCCUAACCUAACGGUUAGAGGGUUUGGCUUCAUCGAGGCAAUCAAAACUGUGCUUGAAGCUCAGUGUCCUGGAGUCGUCUCUUGCGCUGAUAUUAUCGCUCUAGCAUCUCGAGACGCCGUAGUUUUCACCGGAGGACCAAGCUGGAGUGUACCAACCGGAAGAAGAGAUGGGAGGAUAUCGAACGCAUCAGAGGCCUUAGCUAACAUUCCUCCUCCAACCAGUAACUUCACCAAUCUUCAGACACUCUUUGCAAACCAAGGACUUGAUCUUAAGGACCUUGUCUUACUCUCUGGGGCUCACACUAUCGGUGUAUCUCAUUGCUCGUCUUUCACAAACCGUCUCUACAACUUCACGGGUCGUGGAGACCAAGAUCCGGCCUUAGACAGUCAAUACGCAGCCAAUCUCAAGUCUAGGAAAUGUCCUAGCCUCAACGAUAACACGACCAUAGUGGAGAUGGAUCCAGGAAGCCGUAAAACGUUUGAUCUUAGUUAUUACCAGCUCCUUCUCAAGCGUAGAGGUCUUUUUCAAUCAGACUCUGCUCUCACCACCAAUCCCACAACGCUCUCAAACAUAAACCAGAUCUUGAAAGGUUCGGUUGAGAGCUUCUUCUCUGAGUUUGCAAAGUCAAUGGAGAAAAUGGGUCGGAUCAAUGUCAAGACUGGGUCAGCAGGAGUGGUUAGAAGGCAAUGUUCCGUUGCAAAUAGUUAAGUGGUGCAAAACUUAAGAGUAUGGGAGUUUGUGUGUUUAUUUUGCGAAAAAUAAUAAGGAUAAUGAUGAUGAUUGUAAUGAUUGUGAUGUGACCUUUACAGAUCUGUGUGUAUGCAUUUGGUUAUAGAGUUUCAUCAAUAAAAAAAUAUUAGUUUUU